GCGAUGCGCGGUGGCGGUGGUGGUGGUGGUGGUGGCGGCGGACGGAGAAGGAUCGUGCCGCGGGUCUCCAAUGGAGUCUCCGAGCGCCCCAUGCCCUUCGAUGCCAGUUCGUUCGCCGCCGGACGGCGAGACUCCGACGCCAGUCUCUGCAGCAGCCGCCCCUCCUCCGUCGGCGGCCGAGGGUCCGUCGCUCCAUCCGCCCUCCUCACUGAUCGAGCCUCCCAAUCCGCCGCUCUCCGAUCCAUUAAUUCCUACCUCUCCUCCCUCUCCGCCCCAUUCUCCCUCAAGCCACCGCUACCCUCUGCUCGUGAGAUCACUGAAACCCUAAAAUUCCUCCUCUCUCGCCUCGAUUUCCCCUUCUCUAACGAAUCCCUCGAUGAUGACCUCUUGCUCCUUCUCCGCCUUCUUCGUUGCCCUAUCAAGCUCCCACGAUCGGCACUCAAGGCCCCCGGUACGCCCCAUUCGUGGCCUCCCCUUCUCUCUGCCCUUCACUGGCUCUGCCAGCUCGCCCGCUACUCCGACUUCCUCUCAUCUUGCCCCUCUGACUCACCCUCUCCCAACGAUCUCCUUCUCUUUCUCUCCCAUAGCUAUUCCCUCUUCAUCUCCGGCGAUGAUGACGCUGUUUUGGCCCUAGACGCUGAGUACCUCCAGAAAGCCGAACACCAAGCCAAGAACGCCGCCUCUGUCGUUGAUUCUUUGGAGAAGGAGUCCACCGACCUCCAGGAGAAACUCCGGGCACUCACCUCCGGCCCCUCACGCCGCCAGGCUCUUGAGAGUGAGAAAGGUUUGCUGACUGAGGACGUGAACAAGUUCCGCGCCGUUGUGGAUAGCUUCGGCGCCAAAGUGGCCUCGCUCGAGCGGUCGCUGGGGGAUUGGGAGCGAGAGCUGGCAGCAAAGGAGGGUGAGAUCCGGAGAAUGAAGGAGGAGAAUGAGGAGCUGAAGAAGAGGGUUGAUGGGCAGGCUGUAAGCGCGAGGGAUGCAGAGAGGAUGAGAAGGGAGAUGCAGGCUGUUGAGAGGGAUAUCGCUGAGUCUGAGAAUGGGUUGUCAACAAUGGAGGAGAGGGCACUGGAACUGGAGGCUGCAGCAGGGCGUAAAUUCAAGGAGAUGGAGGCUUUGGCGGAACAAUGCAAUCAGGCAAUUAGAAAGUUAAAGCUUGGGAAUGACAUCCAAUAUGUUCUGAGUGCUGAAGGAUCCUCACCAUCUAAGGUGUUGGGAAUUGAUUACAAAACUACUGUUAAACCUGCUCUGAAUGCUCUUGCAGAAGAUACGAAGAAAUCAUCUCUUUUGAAGUUCGAGGAGUUAAUUGCCCUGCAACAACAAACUGAGCAGAACACUAAAAUUCUUGAGGAAAAGAAAGAUCAACUUGCUGGUUUACAGGCCAAAAUUGAUGAGUAUGAAACCAAGAUGAAUUUGAUAAGGAAGGCUAUGGAAGACCAUGCAUCUGAAUGUGCAGCUGAAGCUGAAAAAAUCAAGGCAGAAUUUAGGGCGAGAGAGCACCAACUAGAGACUGUUGAAAAAGAAGCUGAAGAUUUUCUGAGGGAUUCUGAAAGAAAGCUUGAAUUUGCGGUCAAAGAAAGCGAUGAAGAAACACAAGUGUGUGCUCAUGAACUCUUAGCACUGAUUGACAUGGUUUCUAAGUACAAGGAGUACAUGGAGUCCACCAUCUCCACAAUGAAGACCGAUCUCUCUGAGACUACAAAUGCCAUGGCCGAGGCCUACAAAACUUCGAUUUCAGCCAAGUUGUCUUCUGGUGAUCUGAAUCUUGGUUACAACACUUUGAAACGUGCUCGCCAGCCCUCAAGCUGAGCUGAACGUGUGUUUAAACCAGUAAUUCCAGAUUUAUCUUUUGAUCCAUGGUUAUUCAUGAAGUGUUUCCAGAGCAUGUCUUCUCCUUGGGCAUCAAGAGUUUUACAGCAUAGUAGUGAGUAGGCUUCUUGUCCUUUAUGUGAAAUUCUGUAAAUGCAAGCCAAACUUUGAUUGCUAUGCAGUGUUAUUUAUUUGAUGGGGAGUGUUCUCAUGAUCCCAUCUCCCUAUGCCCCACUUUGCUCAAAGGGGAGUGCCCAAUUUACAACGGCAUUACUAGGGUUGUCUUGUUUACCUGAAUUUAGAACAGCGAGGUUUCAUUAGCUAUCAGA